CAACUUGCUGGCGCCUAAAUAUUGGGAAUCGGUAUAGUUAGCCAGCAUGUUGCGCGUGGUAAGCUGGAAUAUCAAUGGGAUCCGGAGUCCCCUGAACGGAGCGGUGUGCCAGGAAUCCAGCACCUGUCCCAUGGCCUUGAGACGCAUUUUGGAUGAACUGGAUGCGGAUAUUGUCUGUCUCCAGGAGACCAAAGUGACCCGAGAUGUACUGACAGAGCCCCUGGCUAUUGUUGAAGGCUAUAACUCCUAUUUCAGUUUCAGCCGCAGCCGUAGUGGCUAUUCUGGUGUAGCUACAUUCUGUAAGGACAGUUCUACCCCAGUUUCUGCUGAAGAAGGCCUGAGUGGCCUAUUUGCCAUCCAGAAUGGAAAUGUAGGUUGCUAUGGAGAUAUGAAUGAGUUUACCCAAGAGGAGCUCCGAACUCUGGAUAGUGAGGGCCGAGCCCUCCUUACACAGCACAAGAUCCGCACAGCAGAAGGGCAGGAGAAGACCUUGACUCUAAUCAAUGUAUACUGCCCCCAUGCGGACCCUGGAAAGCCUGAGCGGCUGACCUUUAAGAUGCGUUUCUAUCGUCUGCUGCAGAUCAGAGCAGAAGCCCUCCUGGAAGCUGGCAGCCAUGUGAUCAUUCUCGGGGACCUGAAUACAGCCCACUGUCCAAUUGACCACUGUGAUGCCAGCAACAUGGAGAGCUUUGAAGAGGACCCAGGGCGUAAGUGGAUGGAUGGCUUGCUCAGUAACCCAGAGUGCCAGGCUGGGUCCCAUACAGGACCCUUCAUCGAUAGCUACCGCUAUUUCCAACCAAAGCAAGAGAAGGCUUUCACCUGCUGGUCAGUAGUCAGUGGUGCACGCCAUCUCAACUAUGGCACCCGGCUGGACUAUGUGUUGGGGGAUAGGACCCUGGUUAUAGACACCUUCCAAUCCUCCUUCCUGCUCCCUGAGGUGAUGGGUUCUGACCAUUGCCCUGUGGGAGCGAUAUUGAAUGUGUCUUGUGUGCCAGCAAAACAGUGUCCACCUCUGUGCACCCGCUUUCUCCCUGAGUUUGCAGGUACCCAGCUCAAGAUUCUCCGCUUCCUAGUUCCUCUUGUUGAACAAGAAUGUGUCCUGGGGCAACCAGUCCUGCAGGCCACCAAUCAAAGCCAGGUGCAGAAACAGCGGAACAAAGCCCACGUGCGCUCAACCAGGUCUCGGACAAGUCAGACUGGCUGCAGGAAAAGCCAGAAAAACCUAACAAAGUACUUCCAGCCUUCCUCCAGCCUUCCCCAAACUUCUUGUGGUGAGCUGCCCACCUUACCUCUGGUGGGCACUCUUGUAUCCCCAAAGACUCCAGAAGACGAUGCAGUAAUGAAAGUGGUGGAAGAGCAGGCCACGGCUUCAGAGGUCAAAGAUGAGAAGGAGGUACGGACCAUGUUCUGGAAGUCUGUGCUGGGGGGUCCCUUACCAGUGCCCCUCUGUGGAGGCCACAGGGAACCGUGUGUGAUGCGUACUGUGAAGAAGCCAGGCCCCAACCUUGGACGCCGCUUCUACAUGUGUGCUAGGCCCCAGGGUCCUCCCAGUGACCCUUCCUCCCGCUGCAACUUCUUCCUCUGGAGCAGGCCCAGCUGAACCACAGAGGCCUAAGGAUAUCUGCUAUGGUCACCCUUGCACAGGGUCAGGUGCUCCCCUCCUUGCAAGUGCUGCCUUCUCCCCCAAGGCUUCCUUCCCUCCUCUUGGUCCAUACCCUGUUCCUACCCUUCCUUCUCUUCUUCCUUUUAGGCCUCCCUCCUUGGUGAAUCUCUCUCUCUACCUCCCCUAAGAUCUCACUCUCUCCUUGUCCAGAUCUGCCUUGGUUGGUGACCUCUUUUGUACUUGAAUGCCAUGACCAGUCUUCCCACCCACCUUCCUGUCACAAGUACACACAAAACCAGAAGUCAAAACUUGACAAUGUUGGGAUUUUUAACCCCCUCCCCCCAUAUUUUCUGGGGAAUGUAUUUAUUCAUAAAUAAAGUCUAUAUCUUUGAGUAAACCAAA